ACACGUUCAUUUUCACAGAGGAAGACGCAUAAUGUAAUAGAGAAGAACCGAACAAGAAGCCAGUCCAUGAAAUGAUUAUUUCGACGGUGCCCACUAUAAAGGGAAACCUUCAUACCUCGUCAAAUUCAUAUUCUAACUUCAGUGAUUCCAACCUCGGUAGAAACAUAAUCUCACACCUUCACAAUAACUGCAAAGACCUUAAACAGGUCCAAUCAAUACACGCUAAAGCCAUAAAAACCCGAACAGAACAAGACCCUUUCGUAACCUUCGAGCUUCUUCGACUAUAUUGCAAGCUAAACUCCAUUCACCAUGCCACUAAGCUCUUUCACUGUACCCAAAACCCAAACGUGUACCUUUACACUUCCCUCAUUGAUGGGUUUGUGUCCUUUGGUUCUUACAAGGAUGCCAUCAAGUUGUAUGGCCAAAUGGCCCACAAGCUUGUUUUGGCUGAUAACUAUGCUGUCACUGCAGUGUUGAAAGCAUGUGUUCUUCAACGGGCAUUGGGAAAUGGGAAAGAGGUUCAUGGGCAGGUUUUGAAAUCUGGGUUGUGUUUGGAUAGGUCCAUAGCGUUGAAGCUGGUUGAGUUGUAUGGGAAAUGUGGGGAAUUGGAAGAUGCGUGGAAGGUAUUUGAUAAAAUGCCUGAACGAGAUGUCGUGGCAAGUACAGUUAUGAUGGGUUCGUGUUUUGAUUGUGGGAUGGUCGAGGAGGCAAUUGGGGUGUUCAGUGAGUUGAAGACUCAGGACACGGUUUGUUGGACUGCUAUGAUUGAUGGGUUGGUUAGGAAUGGGGAAUUCAAUAGGGGUUUGGAGAUGUUUAGGGAAAUGCAGGUGCAGGGCGUGAAGCCUAAUGAGGUUACUUUUGUUUGUGUCUUGUCGGCGUGUUCACAGCUGGGAGCUUUGGAGCUUGGUCGAUGGAUUCACGCAUACAUGCGCAAGUGCAAUGUCAAGGUUAACCGAUUUGUUGUGGGUGCGUUGAUCAACAUGUAUUCGAGGUGUGGUGACAUUGAUCAGGCAGAGGCAUUGUUUGAUGAGAUGAAGAUGAAAGAUGUGUCCACUUAUAAUUCCAUGAUUGGUGGACUGGCUUUGCAUGGGAGGAGCAUUGAAGCUGUUGAGUUGUUUAGGGAAAUGCUUAAGCAGAGGAUUAGGCCAAAUAGUAUAACCUUUGUUCGGGUUUUGAAUGCUUGCAGCCAUGGAGGGUUGGUGGAGCUGGGUUAUGAGAUAUUUGAAUCAAUGGACACGGUUCAUGGGAUUGAACCGCAAGUAGAACACUAUGGUUGCAUGGUUGACAUUCUUGGUAGGGUAGGUAGCCUUGAAGAGGCCUUUAACUUCACUGGGAGGAUGGGAGUUCAUGCUGACAAUAAAAUGCUUUGUGCUUUAUUAACUUCUUGCAAAAUUCAUAGAAACACAGAAAUAGGAGAAAAGGUUGCACAACUUUUGAGUGAGAAUUCUAGGAUAGAUUCUGGAUCUUAUAUCAUGCUGUCAAAUUUCUAUGCUUCUUUGGGAAGAUGGAACUCUGCAGCAAGAGUUAGAGAAAAGAUGGAGAAGGGAGGGAUCCUUAAGGAACCAGGUUGUAGUUCUAUUGAAGUUAAUAAUGCAAUUCAUGAAUUCCUUUCAGGAGAUCUUAGACACCCUGAGAGGAAAAGAAUCUACAAGAAGUUAGAAGAGUUAAAAUAUUUGACAAAGUUGGAGGGUUAUUCGCCAGCAAUUGAGGUGGCUUUGCAUGAUAUUGAUGAUAAACAGAAGGAGUUGGCUUUGGCAGUACAUAGUGAGAGACUUGCAAUAUGCUAUGGACUUAUCUCAACUGAAGCAUACACAACACUGAGAGUUGUAAAAAAUUUAAGGAUAUGUGAUGAUUGCCAUGCAAUGAUCAAGCUCAUAACAAAGAUUACUAGGCGAAAAAUUGUUGUUAGAGAUAGGAAUAGAUUUCACCAUUUUGAAAAUGGAGAUUGUUCAUGUAAGGAUUACUGGUAAAUAAUAAUCACUUUUAAUAUAUAUAUUUAUAAGCAUAAUUAU